UGCAUUUCAGCAAGAAUGAAGUCUGGCCUGCUUUUCCAGUUCAUAUUGGUAUCUGUCACUGUUUUCUGCCAUGGAAAUGACCAGUUCCUCAAUGACGAUGCAAACCUCAUUCUCCCGGGGUCCUACAAUAUUCCAUGGAUGGCGGGCAUUGAGGAUUUCCGCACCCUCUCUCUCCUCACCUUCCCCGGUACCCACGACAGCAUGGCCCUGUACGGCGGUCCAGAGGCUGAACACCAGGCUUGGGCCCUGAAGGAUCAACUUAGAGCUGGCAUUCGUUUCCUAGAUCUCAAAGUAUUUGGACUGGGUAACACCCUCUAUAUCAUGCGUGGGGUGAUGUACCAGCACAGCACUCUCAAGGAUGUCAUUGACAUUGUCCAAGCCUUCCUGUCAGAGUUUAAGACUGAGGCUGUGCUCAUUAGAGUCCAACCAGAGUCUUUUGAGAAGCAAACUGUCAAUGAAAUGGUGCAGAGUCUAAUUGGUAACAACCAGAAUGUGUGGGUGAACACUGCGAUGCCAAAUAUGGGUCAGGUGAGGGGUAAAAUUGUCUUUUUGCAAAAGAGCACCUUCACAUUGGGAAUUCCCCUCAUAGAUACAGAUGGAAAGCAUUACAAUGAGGUUAGUGAUGUUAAAAAUAAAGACAAAAUGAUAAGUAAGCAGCUGAGCCAAGCCAAUGAAGCUUGUGGGGGUGAUAAUGCUAUUUUGACUGACAGUACUGGCACAGGCUUUGGUACUUUCCGGGGAAUGUUUCUGACUCCAAAGCGAGUCGCUGAAAAGGUAAACCCAUGGCUCAAUCAAUACCUGAGACAGUUUUACCCAAAUCAGCCCAGACCAUGCUUUGGUAUCAUUGCCAUGGACUUCCCCGGCAUUGACCUCAUUCAAACU